AUGGCGGGGGUGGAGGAGUUGAGGACGGAGGAAGAGGAGCUCCGCGACCCAGAUCUACCGCCAGUCACGGCUGAGCACAUCAAGCUGUGGCUUCCGUCAGACCUCACGCGCGAGGAGCUUGCGGAAGUGGCUAUGAAGGGAAUAGGCCGAGUGGAAUCCACGUUGCGACGAGGACAGCUUUUCCGCAACUCCCAGGUCGUUGGCCAACGAGGAGGAAUGAAGGCAAAUACCUUGUUGGGCCGUAUCGAAGAGCAAAAGAUGUGUGAUGUCCGCAAGUAUCGCAAAGCUCGGCUAGCGAUGAUUCGGCUGGAGGGUGUAGAUUUCGCACCCGAGUUUAAGGAGCUGCGGGACGAGGACUUGACUGCGUGA